GCAGCAGGCAUCAGCCCGGCCCCGCUUGAGCCCGCUCCGCGCUCCGCUCCGCUCCGCCAAACUUUUGCAGCCGCCGCCGCCGCCGGAGCCAAGCAGAAGCGCCUCUCCUCCGCCGCAGAGCAGCUGGGCGGCCAGGGCUGGAGGGGGCCGAGGUGCUGGGGGGCCCCCGAUCGCGGCGAUCUGCGCCCCACUAGCGACAGCCGGCCACGCUGCUCCGGGAGGAGCAGGAGGCGGCGGCGGCGGCGGCGUCGUCUGCGGGACUAGCAGCCUCCUCUCUGGGAAACGUGCUGCGGGGAGAGCGAGAGCGCCAGACGCCCAGGAGGCAGCAGCGCCAGGUGGGGGCUUCUGCCGCCGGCGGAGAGCUCGCCCGCCGGCCCGCCCGGACUUUCUGCUAGCCCCAGAUCAUAUAUAUAUUCACAGACAGACCACAGCCAAGACUUCAGCUGCCUUUGCCUGCUUCCCAUUCCUGGAUCCGUACCUCCAGACCCAGGGAGAAACAGGAGCUGAGAACGUCCUUAAACAGGAGUUGCCCUGAAGAGAGGGGUUCUGCCCCACGGACGGACAGGAGGAGCAGAUGGUGAGGCCGCAAGAAGGGCCGUGUAUUCUGACCUAAAGGCACGGAUCCGAAGGAGAUGGGGAUGGUGAGUCAAGGCCGGGUUAGCAGGUUUUGCUUGGCUGGCUUCUCCCUGACUCUCUCCGUGAUGACUGUGUGCUUCUGCCAAGACAUCGAGAAGGUGCCCCCAAGAAAGCCUCGGCAGGUCUCUGAGGACGACGGAGCCGGCAGCAGGGUGCCAGGGGUCUGGAGCGUCUGGGGGGCAUGGUCGGCCUGCUCUCAGCCCUGCGGCCUGGGGGUCUUGGAGAGGACUCGCAUGUGCCAGUCUCUCUAUCAACAAGUCCCCUGGGCUGGCAGGACUGAGUUGGCCCCUCAACAGGCCUACCCGCAGCAGCCCCCGUUCCAAGAAGACAGGCCCGCCGGCCCCUAUGCGGCCCGCCCAGCCUACCCACUUCACACGGACAGGAACGUCGGGCCUACCCUGCCCUUCCGUGGCGGCGGCAGCAGCAGCAGUUCGGUGCUCCCUCUACACAGCCAGCUGCCAUCGCCACUGGCCCCCCACAGCCCCCAGAAUCGGUACACCCGUCACGAGGACACCCCCCAAGAUGCUGCGGCCCCCCACUCCAACCGCAGGAAGGACCCGGCCUCCUCCGGCGACAUCGCUCAACUGCCAAGACCUCAGGGGGGCCAGCUGAGACGAGACAACCCACUCAGGCACGCGUUAUCUCAAAGGCCACCCCACUGGGACAACUCCGAUGCGGGCAAGGCGUCCUCCAGGCACAGCAGCUCAGUGCGGCCUCCGAUCCGCGACUCCAUCCCCUUGUUCAAGCCUGUGAGGCGGGACAGCCAUGAGGCAGGCCUCAGCCCUGACAGGCCCCGUCAUGGCAGCCAAGCAGACAGCGGCCCAUAUAGCCGGGCAGCAUCUCCAACGCUGGAGUCCCAGGCUGCCAAGAGGUCUCGGGUCCGAGAGUCUAUCAAGCCUGGCAAAUAUGGCUACGGGAGGGUGCCCUUUGCUUUGCCCCUCCACAGAGAUGUGGCUGAGGGGCCCCCGUCCCGCCUGAAGAGGCACCGCAGGGACCCAACCGGCGAGCCGCCGCCGCCUCCACCCCCACCCCCUCCUCUUUUUCCAGGCAGGAAGCAGAAGCGUAAAGCAGGCCGCACUUCCUCCCGUGAAGAGGCUUCCAGCCGAGAGAAGGAGCCGCCUGCCUCUGGGGCCAACCCUCGGAUCGUUCGCAAGCCAAAGACGCCUCUGCCAGCUGACGGUGCCGCUCAGCCCCAAAGACAAGCUCGUGAAGGGACGGAGGAUACGUCAGGGCAUGGCCACCAGGGGAGCAAUGGACAUGCCGUCCAUAGAGGGAUUCCCGAGGGAAAGCCUCACCCCACAGAGCCGGGAACAGCCGCAACGCUGAGAAGUGACUCCUCGGAGAAAGGAGGACAUGAUGGGAAGCUGGCAACAACGUCGGCAGGAUCCGAUGUCGGCGCUCACCGGCCAGGCUCUCCCACGGCAGCUGUGGAUCAGCCACCGCCGUGGCAGCAAACCCCAGAGCCCUCCCCAAGGCCCCACGCCACGCCUGAAGAGCAUCCCCACUCUGGGUCAGCAAGCAGCAGCUCCGUCUCCAUGGAGAAAGAGGCAGUGGAAGAUGGUGGCAUUUCCAUAGCAACGGUGAUACUUGCAUCUCCCGAGAUGCCCUCUACAGCUGGAAGCCGCCCCGCUCAGGCUCAAGGGAAAUUGCGCCUGACCCAUCAGGUCCUGAGGAACCACAGCUCUGCUCCCGAGCGGAAAGGACCCGGGAUGGGCAAGAGCCACCGAGGCACGCCAGAGCCACCUCGUCGGCCGGAGAGCAGCUCCAGGACCCAGCCGGACAGGGCAGGGCACGCCAACCGCCCUCCCUACGGGCAAGCCAGGUCCCGGAACCAGAGGCAGAAUGAGCCCCGGGUGGGCACUCAGUCAUCCCACAGCCUCUUUGUGGACCAGCCCGCGGCCCCCCGCCCAGCCCAGCCGGACAUUUGGCUGCUGCACCAAGGGAACCCCGUUCAGUUCCACGCAAGGGGGCAGAGGCCACGGACAGGAGCGCGCCCAGGAGCUGAGGUGCCCCAGUGGAAUCUGUACUACCCUGGCACAGAAACCUUCCACUGCAAGGGAGAAAGCAAACAGUUCAAGGCCUGCAGGCAAGAGCCCUGCCCAUCCGAUCGCCCUGAUCCCCGCGCAGUCCAGUGUGCUGCCUACAACAGCCAGGAGUUCAUGGGCCGCCUCUACCAGUGGGAGCCUUUCACCGAUGUGCGGGGCUCCCAGCGCUGUGAGCUGAACUGCCGCCCCAUUGGGUACCGCUUCUACGUGCGGCACACAGAGAAAGUGCAAGACGGGACUCCGUGCGAGGCUUCCUCCCAGGAGAUCUGCGUGGCCGGACAGUGCCUGACCCCAGGCUGUGACGGGAUCUUGGGUUCGAAUCGUACACUGGACAGCUGUGGGGUGUGCGGGGGAGACCACACCACAUGCAAGCUGGUGGUUGGCAACUUCAGCGACACGGACGUCCCCAUCGGCUACCACCGCAUUCUGGAGAUCCCAGUGGGAGCCACCCGGAUCCAGGUCAGGGAGAUGACUCGUAGCCCCAACUAUCUGGCCCUCCGGAGCCACAACGGCAAAUCAAUCAUCAACGGGAACUGGGCCGUGAACCCCCCUGGGCGCUACGAGGCGGCAGGCACGGUCUUCACGUACAGCCGGCCAGGGAGCGACAAGCGCGAGGGCGAGUCGCUGGCCGCAGAUGGACCCACCACGGAACCCAUAGAUGUGUAUAUGAUCUUCCAGCAAGACAAUCCUGGCGUCACUUACCAGUUCUUUCUGGCCUCGUCUCAGCCGGAACCUCCCGUUCCUGAUGUCCACAGCCCACGGCAGGACUUUGGUGCCCUGUCCAUGGUAUCCCCUGGUAACCAGAUGGAGCCCCCCACCGGCCACGUGCAUCAAGUGCCACCGGUGGAUACGUGGAACUUUGUUCCGGCUCAGGCUCCGGCCUCAUCCAGCCAAUCAGGAAGGAGCCGCCUUAUUGCCCCGCCUCCAGUCUCAUCCAGCCAAUCGGGAAGGAGCCCCGGCACGUUGCAACGAAACGUCCGUGUCCCGCCUACCCAGCACAACUCGGAAACGCCACAAGACUUCUACUGGAAACGGAUCGGCAACACGGAAUGCUCAGCCACCUGUGGGAAAGGUUUUUGGCAGUCGGUCUACCGUUGCAUUUCUCGGAUCUCUCACGAAGAGGUGGGCGAAGAGAAAUGCCGCCUCCAUCCCAAGCCCGUUGAAGCAGACGAGGCCUGCAACACCGACCCCUGCCCAGCCUACUGGGAUGUGGGCGAGUGGUCCGCCUGCAGCAAGUCGUGCGGCCUGGGCACCCGCCACCGCCAGGUCCUCUGUCGGCAGAUCUACGCCAACCGUAGUACCAUGGUGCACCCGCAGCGCUGCGGGCAGCUGGAGAAGCCCAACGCCACCCAAGAUUGCCAGGUGCAGGUCUGCAGCCACUGGGAGGUCCGCACCAACUGGAGCUCGUGCUCGGUCUUCUGUGGCCGGGGCCACCGGACACGCCACGUCCGUUGUGUCAGUAACCAGGGGGACCCACUGAGUGACAGCGACUGCCCGACCGGCCAGCGGCCCAAGACCAGCGAAGUGUGCGACAUGGGGCCAUGUGUCCGCACGUGGUUCUACAGCGAGUGGAGCAACACGUGCUCGGCUGAGUGUGGCACCGGGAUUCAGCGGCGCUCCGUGGUCUGUCUGUCCAGCAACCCCAACGGGCCCGUGGAGGAGAACUGUGCAGGCACCAAGCCGGCCGACAUGCGAGCGUGCAGCGGUGGGCCCUGUCAGCGGGUGACCCAUUGGUACAGGGGGCCUUGGAGUCCGUGCUCGGUGGACUGCGGCACCGGCACUCAGCGCCGUGACAUCAUUUGCGUCAGCAAGCUGGGCUUGGACUUCAAUGUGACGGAGCCCUCGGAGUGCGCCCACCUGGAGAAGCCCCCCUCCCUCCAGCCCUGCGUCGGGACCACCUGUGAGGCCCGCUGGUUCUCUACUGCGUGGAGCGCGUGCUCCCGGACUUGUGUGGGCGGCGUCCAGGUCCGCGAAGUCCAGUGCCUGACACAGAACAAAACUCUCAGCAGCCUCUGCCUGCCGGAUCUGAAGCCAGCCAAGAAGCGGCCCUGCAACUCCCAGCCCUGCAUCCCCGACCUUGGUAAGAAACGGCGACCCGAGCCAGGAGCCCUAAACUGGAGUUGGGAUCGGGAGAUGAGAACUGCAGAGACAACUACCACAACUGUCCAGUGAUCGUGCAGGCCCGCCUCUGCGUCUACUCAUACUACAAGGCCGUCUGCUGUGCCUCCUGCACACACGCGCUGGAAAGACGCCACAUCCGACCGAGCCGGUAGUGCCGGCUGCCAAGGGGCGUCUGGGCUUGCGCCCUUGCUGGGCUGGGGACGGGGCGGAUGGCCUGCAAGGGCCCUGAUUUGUCCGCGAGUCUUCCUGCCCCUCCACAGCAGCAGCGGACAGGGAGGGAGACCCUAACGAGACAUUUCCAAAAGGAGCAGAAGGGAUUUGAACUCCAGGCUGAGAUCCCGCCGGCAUCCCGUACUGUACCCUUGCUGGAGGGUGUUUCCUGUACUGUGCUCAGUAUUCCGGGGGGGAAAUCCCCGCCUUCCUGCGAAUGAGCUAGGCAGGGCUAUGGGCUGGGCAGCUGGGCAUCCUUUGCGAAUCAGCCUCCUUUCAAGGGGGCAGUAGCGCAAAUCAGCCACGGGUCGCUGUGUGCAAACGUUCUAGCAAAGCCGGAGCUCCGACGACGACGACUUCGGCUUGAGCCAAGCUGUGCGACGCAGACCUUUGAAACCCCAAAGCUUCUCAGCCUUUGCAUCCAGCCAAGAAUCUCCCGCCCUCCCUGCGGGUGCAUCGCUGAUGCUUCCCCCUCCUUUCCUCCGGUCUCCUUUGAGGUGUUCACUCAGCUUCUGACUGGCUGCACAGAGGUGACAUUUCCACCUGUGAAACGCUGGCGGCUGCCUUAGCGUGAUGCUAGCGACCAUUCCGCUGGAGAGAUUAUAUUGGGUUAUAUUGGCUUUGUUGGCACAGUAGCCAUAUUUUGGGAGGAGAGAGCUCGGGGAGCAUGUGUGGGGGACAGGGUAGCUUUAUUUUUUAUGUGUGCAAAAAAGCAUUGGUGCCCUGUGAAGCCGUCCACAGGACACCGGCUGGAGGUGCAGACCAUUUCCCUGCAAAAGCCACCUCUUGUGUGGUGCAGACAUCACCACGCUGGGAGGUGGAGGAGAGCAGUCUCAACCGGCUUUCCUUGCCCAGACUGUGAAAUCGACCUGCUUCUGCCCGUCCUACCUACACGGUCAGUGGGUGGAGGGCAAAAGGGUGCUGCAGUUCCACUACCUGGCCUGCUAGAAGGCAGCACUGAAUGUGAACCCUGGUUCGGGUCUGAAAACGGAAAACAUAUUUUAAAAGUUAUUGGUGCUCUUGGUGUGGACCAGUGGGAAGCUAAAUGGUUAGAGGUGGGGCUGGGUGAGCAGACGCCCACCUUCUGGCCUUCAGAGCCAUUGUGUCCAAACUUCCUACCUUCAGGGAAGUGACUGCAAGGCUGUCCUUACAGAGCCCUGGCAGGUUGCAGGGCCUGGGGCAAAUCAGCCAGUGUGGGGCCCACUUGCAGUUAAUUUGGGUGGGGAUUAAAAUAGCAGGGUCUGGGGCGCUCACCCUUCUUGCCAUGGCCCAAGGACAGCCCCCCAUAUUGGCUUGUUGCCGGAGGAACACCUGGGACUAGUCUGCCAUGGAACCUUUCCCCGUUGCAAAGGAUUCCGGGAGCAUUUAAAGUGUAUCUCAGGAAUUACUCAGAAUGCAGCCAGCGGGAAGGGAGUCCAUUCGAGCUCUUAAACGCCAGCUUCCCAUUCCAGUUGGUUUUGUGUGUGCAAGGUGGAAGGUUGCCAACGAUUUUUUUUUUUUUUAAUGAAUCCCGCUCUUAUGAUUUCAGCAGUGGCAUGUUUUAUGCUACUCUAGGUGCCUUGAGAUUCCCCUGCUGAUUUCUUGUGUGCGGAGCUGCAGUUAAAGGCACUAAAGGAGGCCAGACAAUUUGAUGGCAAGCCAGCAACCUUAAUACAAUCAAGGGUUGUUUUGGAUUGCUAAAUGACUUGAAAAUGUUGUCCCGGUCUGCUCCCGCGCCUUUAACAGCAGGUUGGCCUGUAGAAAGCCACAGGUGAAGUUUUUCAGGGCACAGCCAUAAAUGUGACUGCAGGUGAACAUCUGCAGAUCAUUCUGCUGUUAAAGGCACAGGAGGAGCGCCCAGGAAAAGUUGGCAACCCUCAUAUCUACAAAUCAGAACAUAUUGUCUGCCCUUCUUAGCAGCUUAAAUUCACACUUUUUAAAAUGAAUAUUUGCACACUGCUUUUCAACAGUAUAUGAAAAAGUAUAUAUAAAUAAGAUCUUAUAUAAAUAAGAAGGCUCCCUGUCCCCAAAAGGCUCGCAAUCUUCGUCUUUUUUUAAGUAGACACCAGCAAUAGCCACUGGAGGGAUGAAAUGCUGGGGUUGGAUAGGGCCAGUUGCUCUGCCCCUGCUAAAGAGAAGAGAACCACCGCUUUGAAAGGUGGUAAAGGAAGGGAAAAAAGCUGGCAGCGCUGUUUUGAAAUGUGCCCAGAAACGACGUUCUUACCCUGAAGCCAUUCAGCCUCAGGCUUUUUCGGGGCCUGACAGUCCGGUGGGUACUGCAGUUAAUGUUGGGGAGUGCUUUCCAGGCAGGCAUGUUCCUCAGGGCUUCUCAAACCUGGGUCCCCAACGACAACUCCCAUCAUCCCCUUCAGCUGCUGUGGCUGAAGAAUUGAUGGGAGUUGUAGUCCAACCACACCUGGGGACCCAAGAUCGAGAAUUCCAGCCUUAAUUGUGUGUGUGUUGGGGGUGGGGGCUGCCGGGCACUCCAUCUGCCACCCGCAACGGCUCCUCCUCCUCAGACUGCUAUGACAUGUCAGGAUUAGUUGCCACCCUGUGCCACAAACAUAGGAAGCUGCCAUAUACAGAGUCAGACCAUUGGUCUAUCGAGCUCAGUACUGUUCACACAGACUGGCAGCAGCUUCUCUGAGGUUGCAGGCAGGAGUCUCUCUCAGCCCUGUCUUGGAGAUGCUGCCAGGGAGGGGACUCGGAACCUUCUGCCUGCAAGCAGAAAUGUCUUCUUUCCAGCAGAAAUGCCACGGGUGGAGGCUUCCCCCAGUUGUUCCAUCUACUUGACGCAAAAGACACAGAGUGAUGGGGAAAACGUUACCUGCCGAAUUUCAGCCUGCCAUACAAUUGCUUAAAGGCCGAGGUCCCUUGCUAGGAAAGAAAGGAGGCAACUUUAUGUUGUUCAAUAGACCAGAUGGCAGAACGGGCCCAAACCAAAUCCGCACGGCAGAACAAUAUACGGUCUGGCUGUAUCCCAAUCCUGAGGGGGCUCUUUACCUUUAAGAAUGACUAAGGAGGAAAAUUCAACCCAGUGUGCUUUCUUCAGUAAUUGCACCUGUUGAAUUUCUGCCUUCUCGGCCACUCUUAAAGGUACAGGGGCCAUCUUUGCCGCUGAACUUGGCAAGGCCCUGGAUGGCAAAGGAGCCAGAAGAAACAAAAAGGACAAAAAAAAUUAUACUAAAGACAUUUUAUAGAAAUGAUUCAGAGCACCCAGAGUAUACAAAUAAAUAUAUAGAAUAUAUAUAAAUCUCUAUGAUAAAGCUUUUUUGUGUCCUCUUCCCCCCCUCCCACUUUUUUUGUCCAAAUCUAAUUUAUUUUUAUUAAAGAUUAUUUGAUGGUUAUGUGUGGGUUUUCUUUCCUCCUCUGCCUGGGUUGUCAACUGACCAAAAUAAAAUAAAAAACAACAA